UUUCCCCAUAGAUUUUAUUUUUCUUCCGUCGAACGAACAUUCCGAGUUUUGAAUUGGAAAAUGAUCGAAUUCAAAUUUCUUCCAAUUUCAUGUACGAUCGGUACGAAAGGGGGUAGAUAAGCCGAGUCCAGUUCUUUUUCAUUUUUUUUUCUUCCUUUUUUUUCCUUCCUCCAAUUUUUUCAAGUGCAAAAAAAUGAAUCGAUCGUCGUCUAUCUCUCAUUCGAUAUAAGCGUAAGUGUCUUAUCGAGAAUGAUUACGUUUAUCCACUUCGAAAAUACGAAUAGAAAAGAAAAAGAUAAAUAGGUACUGAUUUCUCGAGGUUUAAAAUUUUCCAGAGAGAUCUAUUAUUUUCUUUUUUCCUUAAGAUAGAAUAAGAUAGUGGAAAGUUCGGUAAUAUUUCCUGUUUAGUCGGUCACGCCCUUUUGACUCGACGAUCGGAAAAGUACGAGCGAGGCUUGUAACGUCAAGAAACAUAGAUGAUAGCUACUCAAAAUCUUAUUACGUCGAACCGAGAAAAUAUUUGAAAGCUAAGAGAAAUCUUCCUUUAAAUCUUCAUUCCAUUGGCAAUGGUAAGGCACACGAAUGAUGGAACGAGUGCUUUCAAAGAAGAGUGGAUAAGUAAAAGCUCUUCGGAUUCCUCCUAUAUCGUUGUUCUGCUUAUUGGCUGUCGGUGUUGGAACAGCUAUGGCAUGGACGGCACCGGUAUUGCCUCUUCUCUACGAACCUGACAAUUGGUUGGUGAUAACGAAGGACGAAGGCUCGUGGGUUGGUUCGUUGUUAGCAUUGGGAGCUAUGUUGGGUGCUUUACCAUCCGGCAAAAUGGCAGACAAAUUGGGUCGAAAAAAGUCCCUCAUGUUGUUGGCCGCACCCUUUCUAAUAUCUUGGGCGAUAAUCAUCGUAGCCUCUAGCGCUUGGAUGCUCUAUGUAGCCAGGCUGAUCGUUGGUACUAGCGUCGGUGCAUCUUGCGUUUUGGUACCCACUUACAUCUCCGAAGUCGCUGAGACGUCGACCAGAGGCACUCUCGGUGCUUUCUUCCAAUUAUUUCUUACAGCUGGCAUAUUAUUGGUCAAUGCAUUAGGCUCUAUCGUCAGUUACACGACUCUGGCGAUAAUCUGUGCGCUCGUCGAAGUUGCAUUCUUGGCGACAUUCUUUUGGAUGCCUGAGUCACCACAAUGGCUCAUCAAUAUGGAAAGAAGAUCAGAAGCCGAAAUGGCGAUGAAAGUACUUCGCGGUGACUCUUACAAUCCCAACGAAGAGAUGACGAUUAUAGAAAGCGCAAAGGAAGAAGCAUCGUCCAAAAAAUCUUCCUUCCUCGAUAUCUUUCGUACGGUCGGAUCUAGAAGAGCUUUCAUAUGUUCUUGCGGCGGUAUGCUCUUCCAACAACUUUCCGGAGUAAACGCCGUUAUUUUCAACACUUUGGAAAUCUUUCAAGCGGCUGGAAGUUCUUUACCUUCCGAAGUAGCCGCGAUAAUCGUUUCAUUGGUUCAGGUGGUAAUGUCCGGUGCAGCGGCGGCGAUCGUGGACCGAGCUGGUAGGAAACCAUUGCUCAUGUUCUCUUCCGGAUUAUUAGCUAUUUGUCUCUUAGCAUUAGGCAUUUAUUUCAAAAAGAAGGACGAUGGCGAUGACGUCAGCUCGUUAGGUUGGCUACCACUGGCUUCUCUGACUCUUUUCAUGGUUGCCUUUUCCGUUGGGUUGGGCCCAGUGCCUUGGAUGCUGACCAGCGAAUUGUUCACUGCCGAGUUGAAAGGGAUCGUCUCUAGUGUCGCCGUUACGCUAAAUUGGUUCUUGGUCUUUUGUGUGACAAAACUUUUCCCAGCCAUGACAGAAAAGCUGGGCAUGGGUGGUACCUUUUGGUUCUUUGCAGUAAUCAUGGUGGUCGCAACCGUCCUCACUUACUUCGUAUUGCCAGAAACAAAAGGGAAAUCGAUCAGAGAAAUUCAAGACGAAUUGAAUGGCGUUUGAUUGGCGAGAUCGCUUCAGGCUCCACGUAAAACUUUGCCAUUGUUUAAUUACGUACGAAAAUGAAAUAGGAUUACGCAAAUUUUCAAGAAAAGACACGGGAUAAUUUCGUUUCUUUACGCCUGUUACAUGGCAAUUAUUACGAUCAAAUUAUAAUCUGGUAAUCGCUGUAUUCAAUUACUGGAACGUACUUUAAUUGUCGAUAAUUGUCCGAACCAUUGUUAGCUGUAAACAAAUAUGAUGAAACGUUCGUCUCGGUGUUCCGAUCGAUAACUCUCGUGAGUUUGACAAUGAUGAUGUUAGAAUGAGAGAGAGAGAGAGAGAGAGAGGAAAUUUGUACGUUCGUUUCUCAUAUGAUCGACAAGUUUUGACGAUUAUCGAUAUAUUUUUACAUGCGUUCACGUGUUCCCACACACGUUUUCAUGGCUCGAACGUAAUAACGAGCUGUCAUUCGCAAACUGUUUCGAUUCCAAUGGUCCUCCGGAAAAUUUUCAAGAGGACGAAUAAGAUAUAUUAUUUCUAUUAUUGAGAGCUCUAGUCGAUAUUUAUGAUAAAAUUCGGAUAAAACGAAAGAAAAAUUAUCUAAAUCGUUGAAUUAAUCGAUACGAUAUAUCAGAUAUCUAGAAUCAAUUAUUUGCAGAAAGAUCGUAGGGUUUCAUGUUGCUCCGAGGACGUGUUACUCGUGAAUGACCCGUAUAUUGUUGUUGAUCAUUUAACGUAGUCGUUCGUUUCUAAACAAUAUUCUUCGAAGCAGACGACCUUGUUUGAAAUAAAAUACGUACGAUGGAAUUAUAUAUAUACAUAUAUGUAUUAUAUCGUUCAGUAUUUGAAAUAUGUUAUGCUUGAAGGUAAAUUAGAUAUCGUUAAGUAUUCCAAAGUCACGUUUGUCAAAAAAGAAAAAGAAAAAGGAAAGAAGAGAGAAAGGAGAAAAAAAAAACAAGAAAAAAAAAGAAAAGAAAUCUAUUCGUCUUCGUUACGGAUCCAUUAUCAUUAAUAAUAUUUCAAAAAGAAUCAAAAUUUGACAAAGCAAAUAUUAAAUCUCGCUAUUAACGGUGUAAUAUGUAAUUUUUCUUAUUAAAAUGUUUAUGGAAAUGUUUCAUGUA